GAAGGCGCUACAUUUAGAUGUUUUAUACGAAUCUGUGAGGUAAUAUCGUUUCUACGUUAAACGGGGAGUUAUUUAUGUAGUGAUAUAUCAAAAUGUUUUUUUUUAACUUUUUAUUAUUCUUAAGAGUGAAUAAAAUAUAGUUUCAUCAAGAACAAAAAAAAAAUAGCGGGACUAUUGUGGGAUAUUUAUUUACACAUGUAAGUUUUCCAUAUAUCUUGACUUUUAUGGACUUAAAAUGGGGAAAAAAGACAGAAAAGUAAAAAACGAUGUAUUUUCUACAUUAUGUGACAAACAUCAAAAAUAUACUGUAGACCUGUUUUGUGUGGAUUGUGACAAAGUAAUCUGUGUAAUUUGCCAAGCUACAGAGCAUAAUUCACGCAAUCAUAAGAGAAUACUGACAGUUGACGACGCAUCUACUAAAUGCGCUGAAACUAAGCAGUUUUUAGAUUAUGAAGACAAACUUUCUAUCGUUUCCAAACGUGAAAAUGAAAUAUUGGCAGAAAAUAACAAAGUAAAUACAAUAACAAAUCAAUUAAAAGACGAAACUGAAUCUUUGAUUAAGAAGCAUAAACAGGGCAUGAUUGAUCUGAUUGAAAAACAUUACAAGAUGUUAUAUGAGAAGAAUCAGCUCAAGUACGAAGAAUCCAAGAAAAGAUUACAAAAAGCGAAUGAGCAGUUGUAUAAGAAUAAGAACAAAACUGCAGAAAUUCGCCAGGAAAUCCAUGACAAAAAGGAGAGUGGACAAAACGUGGCAUUGUUUAUAGCUAUGAAAAAAUCUCAAGAUAAUUUACGGCAAAUUGAAAUUGAGAUAGAAGAAACUGAAAAACUAAAUUUUGUUGAAAGGUAUGAGUUUCAAGCAGGGCACAUGGUGCGACAGCUUUUGGAGGAAGAGAAAGAAUUUGGUGAAUUGUUGGUAACGCCGUCAAAGUCUCCCAAAGGUACAUGUAUUGGAAUCUAUGUGAUCAUAGUUAUUACUUAA